AGAUUUAUUUUCUGUUGCACCAAGCGGGCAUUGUGUGAGGGUUUUCUUGUGCAGGUAAAAUACGAAACAGUUACCGCACUCAACUUUGUCGGACCACUGAUCGCAAAGGUCCUAAGUAGAGAUUGCCGCACAACACAACACAACCCAGCGACCAAGGUGAAGCAAUACUGUAGCUCGCGAGGUGUCUGGGGUAAUUAACUUACAGUACUGUCUUAGGAUAUAGCAGUGCAGAGGAAUAAACGACGAGCUGGGAGAGAGAGAGAGAGAGAGAGAGAGCUCACAACCUUGCGAAGUGGAGGGAACCGGGAAGACCAUGAGGUCCAUGUCCCGCAUCCCGAGACGCCGGGUGGUGUCCAAGGACGGCCACAACAACGUAAAGAUCGACCAGGUGGACGGCUGGGCCUUCCUGUACCUGCAGGACCUGUGGACCACAGUCAUCGACAUGAAGUGGCGCUACAAGCUGACCCUCUUCAUCGCCACCUUCGUCAUGACCUGGUUCCUCUUCGGCAUCCUGUGGUACGCCAUCGCCUUCGUUCACGGCGACCUGCAGCUGCUGAAGCCAUCCGCCAACCACACGCCCUGCGUGCUGAACAUUGAGACGCUAACCGGGGCCUUCCUCUUCUCCCUCGAGUCCCAGACUACCAUCGGCUACGGUUUCCGCUGCAUCACCGAGGAGUGCCCCUUCGCCAUCAUCCUCCUCAUCGCCCAGCUGGUAGUCACCACCCUGGCUGAGAUCUUCGUGACCGGGACCUUCCUGGCCAAGAUCGCCCGACCCAAGAAACGCUCGGAGACCAUUUGCUUCAGCCACUACGCCGUCAUCACCAAGCACUGCGAGAACCUGUGCCUCUUCCUGCGAGUUGCCAACAUGCGCAAGAGCCUCCUGCUUCGGUGCCAGCUUUCCGGGAAGUUCCUCGACAACCACGUGACCAAGGAAGGCGAGACCAUCAAGCUCAGGCAAGUCAACGUGAGCUUCCAGGUGGACACGGGCUCCGAGAGCCCCUUCCUCAUUUUCCCCCUGAACUUCUAUCACAUCAUAGAUGACAAGAGCCCCCUGUGCAGGCUGACGUCCCUGAACCUGCGGGAUAAGGACUUUGAGCUGGUCAUUAUUCUCAACGCCACCAUGGAGUCCACAGGGAGCAGCUGCCAGGUCAGGACCUCCUACCUCCCCGAUGAGAUACUCUGGGGCUACGAGUUUGUGCCCCUCAUGUCGCUGUCCAGGGCUGGGAAGUACAUCGUGGACUUCAGUUUCUUCGACAAGGUUCGGAGGAGUUCGCACCCUUACUUCCACUCCAACAGGUCCAGCUGUGACAAGCUCAAACUGGAGGAGGAGUACAGGGAGAACGAGCAGAGCAACUUGAUCAGUCGCAUUCAGACAGCUCAGAGCAACGUCUAGCCAAGACACCCCCUCCCUCCCGCCUCCCUCGCACACGGCUCUUGGCUUGGACUUGAACAGGCAACCACUGCGCUAAACACAACCCAAGCUCAGUCGUUCGGUCGUGUGACAGGUACAGGGUAGCCAGCCAGCACCACACAGGAGGUCACAAAGCGCUCCGAAUACAGGUUGACCCACCUCACCCCACCUGCCCCGCCC